UCAGUUUCGCUGCAACUUGUGGAAUAAAAACAACGCCGCCAGUUUUUAAAAACAAACAAAUUAAGAAAAGAAAAUUAAAUAUAAUUAAAGGAAAUGCUGGAGGCUGGGGGCGAGGCAGACAUCCUGAGCAGUGUAACUAGCUCGGAUGUGGGCCCCGAGGCGAAGGAAUACAAUUUACUGCGCGCCGAUGAAGAGUACCGGAACGGAAAUGAGGAGCACUCUAUCUUCUACCAGGUCAAGGCCCAAUUCCAAUCCACCGACCUGCGUUAUAUCACCGAAGCGGAGCACCUGGAGAGCCAGCGUCCUACCUCGAAGGAACUCUUAAAAGCCGCCUCGGCGCAAGAGAAAAAAGACUACAAAAGCAACAAGUUCCUGAGAAAUAUAAUCAAGUACCUGCAGCAAAAAGAGGAAGAGAAACCGCCUGCAAGGCAAGCCGAAGAACUCCUCGAGCAUCUGGACUUUCUGGAGGACGUGGAAAACCCCGUAGAUGGUCUAGCCCGCAUCUCCGACAUCUGUAAUCGCCUGCCUGAGGAGUGGUGUGUUUUGCAAGUCUGCAAGAGCUUCAAUCCCGCCACCACAUACUCUGUCUUCAACGAGAUCUUCGCCAGCGAUGGAGCUAUAUACCUUUCCCUGCUGCGCCACUGCAGGAGCCCUCUAUUGGGACCCAUUUGUGUACGCUUUGCAGGGGGGAAAAUGUCUGAUAUCUUCAGGGAAUACAGCACCUUGGUGGAGAGAUUCAGGAGAGUGGUUACAGUGGAUCCUCUGAAUAUGAAAAACAAAGAGGCCAAGCAGAAGUACUGGCAAGAGCUGAAUGCUUUUGAUACAUUUCUACAGAAACUACUGGCCGAUUUUCGAGAAGUGGUCUCUCCCUAUUCCUUUCUCUUCUUUGGGAAACGCUACGACUGCAGCGCCGUUCAAAAACAAACAAAGGUUGUCAACUGCCGGGUGGAUGACUUUUGUUUGGUGAAUCAGUGGAGCAACCAUCAGCGGGUUUUGCUUUCGCAGGCGGCCUUGCAUGCCAAUCGAUUGUCUGCCACGGAUAUGAAACUCAUCUGCUAUGAGCUAACCUCCAGUGAAAACGAAGUUCAGGCAGUGUAUGACAUGCUGAAGGAAUGCGCCAGCGAUUGGACGCAACUUGAGGAGCGGCAGGAGCUGGUGGCAAGAAGGUUUCCCACUAUUCUAGUAGUUGAUGAGCGCCUGGACCAUCUUCAUUGGGAGCAACUGGUCACCGUUCAAGAGUUCUCUCGGGUUAAGUCCCUGCACUGCCUUUGGCGCUUGUUCCAGCAGCACAGGAGCAACAUCAAGCAUGGCUAUUACACCACAAAUAUCAAAUCUGGCAUGUCGGUGAUAAAUCCCAAUGCGGAUCUAGUCAAUUCAGGUCGCAGGUUGCGCAGUUUCUUUGAGUACUGGCUGAAGCACUGGCAGAACCUCUUUGAAACAGUGCCAACCGAGGAUUUGUUGGUUAAAAGGGCCUACCAAGCAGACUGUUUCGUGUAUGCUGGUCACGGUUCGGGUCUGCAAUAUGUCCAUGGCCGGCAAAUAUGUCGUUCCAAAGUACGCAGCGUGGUCUUUCUGUUCGGCUGCGAUUCCACAAGAAUGCUGGGCACUGGCCUGUACAGUGCCCUCUAUGGAGCCCACGACUACUACCAUGGUGCCUUGUGUCCCUCGAUUGUGGGAACCCUGAUGCCCGCUUUAGAUGGCAAUAUGGAUACUGUUUCGGUGACAGUCUUGAGUCUUUGGAUAGCCCCAAGCGACAAGAAUGUUAUACCCUGGACGCAGAUAGACAACGUUUCCUGGCUGAAAACGGGUGUUGUUAAAGGUAGCGGAGAUAACCCACCACCUAGCAUGGAUCAGGAACACAACUACCACUUGGGCAGCUUGUGCUCCAUUCUCUCGCUGGUGCAGCAGGGCAAAGUGGAGCCUUUGGUCUAUAACUGCUGCAUCUACGUGUGUCGAGGACUGCCUGCCUGGAAUUUGGCCGUGGAAAAGAUGCCUUUUUAGCUAAAUGGAGUAGAGCUCCCCAAUAUUGUUGUUAUAGCAAAAGAUACAAAAAAUCAUCGUCAGUUGAACUACUUAAUUCAAGUGAAAAGUGGGUGCUUGAUAGAAUGCAGUUUAUAACACUGAGAAUCAUAAGAAUAAAACACUUACCUUGGA